AUGGCUAUGUCUUUACUGCGACUCCCGCUCUCGCUUUGGCUGCCGAAGCACCGGAGCGUGCGUUAUGAAUACCCGAAAAUACCCUCGAGAUUGAACGUUAUUUGCUGCUGCUCUACCUCCGCUGCCACCGCCGAAGAAAGCUUAACUCACGCUGAAAGAUGGGAAUCGGUUCGGAAGAGGAAAGUGGUUCUCCGGGUCGGGUAUGUGGGCACCGAUUACCGAGGUCUGCAAAUUCAAAGAGACGACCCUUCAAUAUCCACUAUUGAGAAGGAACUGGAGACUGCCAUAUUCAAGGCCGGUGGUAUUCGUGAGAGUAAUUUCGGCAACCUGAACAAAAUUUCGUGGGCCAGAAGUAGCCGAACCGAUAAGGGAGUUCACUCCUUGGCGACAAUGAUAUCGUUGAAAAUGGAAAUUCCUGAAAAUGCGUGGGAUGGAGACCCUUAUGGCAUUGCUCUUGUGAAUCACAUCAACUCUUACCUUCCUCGUGAUAUCAAGGUUUUUAGUGCUGUACCUGCGCAGAGGAGCUUUGAUCCCAGAAAGGAGUGCAAUCUUCGUAUGUAUUCAUACCUCCUUCCUGCUGAUGUUAUUGGAAUCAAAAGUCACUUCAGCGCAGCUGAAAUUGAGGAUCACAUUGCAGACUUCAAUGAUAUAUUAAAUGCUUUUGAGGGUGAACAUCCUUUUCAUAACUAUACAAUACGAUCUAAAUACCGGAUGAAACUUCCUGGAAAGAAAUCACCAAUAUACCGUAAUAUGUCAAAAACAGAAAGAUCAACUGUUGAGGCAUCAUCAUCCGAGCUUGAGGGAAGUGAUGAUGAAGAUAAGUUCAAGGGAAGAAAUUCAUCAGAAACUGAGGUACUGAACCAAAAUUCUUCUAUGUCCAGCAAUGGGAAUGAAAUCUUACUGCACGCUUGCAAGAAGCAGGAAGAUGUUCUGAAGGAGAAAAGUACUGAUUCAGUUGUCUAUGCAAAAUGGUUAUACGAACCUGAUGAGAGUGAUAGAAUCGGUGCUUCCCAUUUCAGAAAGAUAUUUCGCUGUUCUUGCGGAAAGCUUGAAAAAUCGCUGACGCAUGAGUAUGUUGAGCUUUCCAUAUGGGGAGAAUCUUUCAUGUUACAUCAAAUUCGCAAAAUGGUUGGGACUGCUGUGGCCGUGAAGCGCAAGUUACUCCCAAGAGAUAUUCUGACAUUGUCACUGGCUAAGUUCUCACGGAUAAUCCUACCCCUUGCCCCAUCUGAAGUUUUGAUCUUAAGAGGAAACAGAUUUUCAAUUAGAGAAAGACCUGGAAAUGUAAAAAGACCUGAAAUGAUUGCAAUGGUCGAAUCAGAAGAAGUUAUCAAACAGGUUGAUGAGUUCUUCACAUCUGUGAUGUUGCCUCAAGUUGCAAAAUUCUUAGAACCUUCAGGAUAUCCUUGGCAAGAAUGGAUUGAAAACCUGGAUAGAAACACAGGUAUUCCAGAUAGAGAAUUGGAUGAAGUCAGAAAUGCUUGGAAAGUGUGGAAGGAAAAGUUUGAGAGUGAUGCAUCAGCCCUAUAGUAAUGAGAGAAGGUACAUUAAUACGUCCAUUUAUAUUGUGAGUGAUUAUUGAUCAGUAAUUACCUGUUUGUGUCAGGGCAAGCUGGCAGGGGCAGAACUCCAGCCAUUUGCACCUCCUCAUUUGGUUGUUUCGAUGUUACAUACAAACCUUGAAGGGUGUUUUUCUAAUUUCCUAGUUCAUGAAGCCUUAUGCUAAAGAUUGAUGAGAGUCUGGAGAAUUGCAGUUUGACCUGACUAAUGAAGAUGUUAAAUGAUGUGGAGGCUUAUGCUACUGAAGGAUGUCAACUUUUAUCUGAAGGAAUCAAUCUUCAGCCAUCAGCAAUUGAUUCGCCAAGGAGCACCACUUUUUGUAUGUUUUCCUUUACAUUUACAAAUGAAUGAAUCACACCAUUCAUUAUGCCAUUUUGACAUCAAAUGUUUGUAUGCUUUUUGCUCAAAGUAACA